AUGGUUUCUUCCAUCCCUUCUUCCCUUGCAAUCUCUCUUCUCAUUCUUUCAACAACUUCCUUCCUUCCUCUAUCUGUAUACGGCGCGGGAGGCUUUUCUGUAGAUCUCAUUCAUCGCGACUCGCCGAGAUCUCCGCUAUCCGAUUCCAGCUCCACCCCUUCCUCCCGACUCAAAGCCGCCAUAGAACGCUCUUUCUCCCGCGCCAACUACUUCGGUAAUGCCAUUCAAAGAAAUAUCCCCUCCGUUUUUGCAUCUUCCCCAUCUGCUUCCGACAACUUGUACUCCGGCAUCAGCUCGAAUAGUUCCGAGUAUUUGAUGAGCUUCUACGUUGGAUCUCCGGCGAAGGAGGUUCUAGCCAUCGCAGACACCGGCAGCGACCUUAUUUGGAUCCAAUGCAAGCCUUGCGAACAAUGUUACCCACAAACCAUCCCUCUAUUCGACCCGCAAGCCUCCUCCACCUACAAAGUGGUUUCCUGCAAAGCUGAUUUCUGUUCAGCCCUGUCAAGGGAAAGCUGCGGCAAGAAAUCCGAAUGCGAGUACAACUACGCCUACGGAGACGGAUCCUUCGUCGAUGGCUUUCUCUCCACAGAGACUUUGAGCUUUGACUCGACUGGUGGACGUCGCGUUCAAGUACCUUCAACGCUCUUCGGCUGCACCCAUCUUAGCAAUGGCACCUUCAGCGAUGGCUCUGGAAUCGUCGGUCUCGGUGGCGGGCAGCUCUCUCUAAUCCGGCAGCUCGGGUCCUCCAUCGAAAGCAAAUUCUCCUACUGCCUACCCUCUAUGUCCCAGAGCUCUGUCACCAGCCGACUCAAUUUUGGCUCUAGUGGUUUUGUCUCAGGCUCUAAUUCUGUCUCAACGCCGCUUAUUCCAGGCAACCCUGACACCUUCUACUUCCUUCACCUCGACCAGAUCAGCGUGGGUGCGCAGGGAUCCGUCCUUGUGAACCCGUCAAUGAAGGCGGCCAUUAACGCUCAUCAAGGCAACAUAAUCAUCGACUCCGGCACACCACUCACUUUCAUUGAUAACGAGACGCUGCAAUCAGUUGCAAAUAAAGUUGCGAGCAGUGUGAGUUUUCCGAAGGUGGCAGAUCCGAACGGUGUCUUCAGUCUCUGCCUUGAUGUGUCUGGCUCUGGAGGCGACGCCAAGCUCCCUGACAUUACAUUUCACUUCUCCGGUGGUGCACCGGUUGUUCUGCAUGAAUACAAUACGUUUGUGGAAGUUGCAGAGAACACGCUGUGCUUGGCUUUGAUAUCUAGUGAUAUUGAUGGUAUAGGAGUUAACAUAUUUGGUAAUAUCGCACAGCAGAAUUUUCAUAUUGGGUAUGAUCUCCGCGCCAUGAAACUCACCGUAGCGCCUGCGGAUUGUGCCAAUAUGUGA